AUGCAAGCCGAGGCCGGAUAUCGGGAGACCACACCCGAUGCACCCAGGCCCUGCCCGGUGUCCCGACGCCCCUCGGCCCGGCCCUGCCUGGCGCCCCGACGCCCUUCGGCUGGGCCCUACAUCCUCCUGCCCACCGGCUUUGUCCAUCAGAGCGCCCUCCUGGGGGAGGACAGCCUGCGGCUGCCGCCUGGGCCCCCACUGCGGAGAUCGCCCGCAGACCUUGGAGCAGGGAUGACCCAGUGCCCAGAGGUGACGCGGGAGGGCAGGGCUCCCAGCACAGGCCGGAGGCUCAUUAAGGCGGCUCGGGAAGCAGCCAGGGGCUGGAGGCAGGCAGGCCCACCCGCAGCCCGAGCCUCUUCUCAGCCUCUGAAUGCAGGACAGCAGGACAGCAAGGCCCUGCCUCCCAGCGCUGCUGAGCGGCUCCUGAGGCACGAGGGAUGUGGCGCUUCCGGCUCCCGGCUAAACACCUGGAAGAGAAGCAGUGACAUUCACGGGACGACUCUGCUAACUGCCCAGGAAAGCGUGUCCUCAACCGGCUUCACUUCUAGCACGCUGCUUAGAUGUCUUCAAGGAGCUCAUCCUUACAUCAUGGUGAUGAAGGGUGGUUUCUCUCCAGCCCAGAAGCCCACUCGUCAUCACAGUGGCACAGAGAGACCUGCUGGAUGGCGACAGACUCCUCGAGAGCCAACCCGGGAAGGGCAGACGGAGGAGCUCUUUUCCCGGGCACUGUGGUGCACUUGGCCCAAGCGGCCGCCGCCCAGGGCCAAGCUCAGCCCCCCAGAGACCUCAGAGGUGUCCACCCGUCCGUCCUCGGGAGCGUGGCCCCUCACACCCUUGCCUGCCCUGCCCAUCCGCCCGGCCCGAGCGGCCCUGGAGCCAGCCCGCAGGUGGUGGCCGGAGCAGAGGUGCGCGCAGGGCCGCAGGGGCCGGGAGGGGUGCGGCUGGGCUGUGCGCAGACUCCGGCAGAAGGAGACAAGGGGGCCGCCUGGGCCCGCUUCCGUAGCAUGCGAGCUGGCCUAG